GGAUCUGCUGACGAUAAUGGGAUUAAUGGUAAUUUGUAUUACCUAACAGUAGCAUCGGGGUGGGGUUGAGACGUCGGGAACCACUUUCAGUUUCUGCUGCUUACUUGCUUCGUAAACACGACUUACGUAACGUAUAUGUACCCGGUUUGACAGCCCGCAUUUGCAUGACAUACUUUUUAAAAUUCGAACGGUUUAUCUUAAUUGUCUAUGGUCAGAGUUUAUACAUUAUUGACUUAAUAAUAAAAAAAAUUGAAUCCGGCCAAAAAGUGAAUGUCUUUUAUUUUAAAUAAUGUGUAGAACGAAGUGCAUUAUCGUAAGUGCUCGCCAAAGUGUUGUGUUUGUUUUUUGAAGAUAUAUCAAGCUAAAGCACCAUCUGUCGAAAAGGUGGAGGGGGUGGCGAGUGCGGUGCGGGGUGCGCGGGCGGAAGGCGCGGUAUCACCGCCGCACCUGCGCGCGCGUUUGCGUCGCACCCGCCGCAUCCGCUCCGAGCACUCGAUGAUAUGCCGCCGGUACUUAGGUCAAACCCUUUGUACACAGAAGAGGAAGAACAAGAGGUAGUGAUAAUUGUGGACUCACUGGAGACGGAGUCGGUGGAGGUCGCAGAUGAACCCCGCAGCCCUCGACGAGCGCCAUCUUACUCAUCAGGUAGAAAAUGUUAUGGCAGCGGCGGAGGCAGCCAUGGACGAGUAUCACCAAGUUUACCAAAGAAUGAGGAAUAUGAAGUUGAGCCGAGACUAUCGGACUCUGAAAAGAAUGGAUCUCAAAGUACCUCCGAUUCUGAUGGCUCCCCACCAUGCACCCUCUCCAGAAGUUUGAAAGAAGAUAUCCGCUCUUGUUUGGGAGGAUGCCGAUGGGAGAAAGAUGUGGGCCAAGUGGUAGAAGCAGCUGUGCGUGGGUCGGGCGGUGUGAGUGCUGCAAGGGCGCGGCUUCACGCUGCCCUUCUAGCCCUCCAUGACCCGCCCAGGGGCUUUAACCGGGGACCAUCGUUACCUUAUUGCGGGCCUGGCGUACGACCUGGUGAUGUCACCAUGAUGCCUAAAUCUACAGGCAUGUCCUUACUGGCAGCCAGCGCACUUUUCACUCUAGAUGGUGCGAAGGGUGAAGAGCUAUCGAGACGCCUUGCUCGCAGGCAUAAGCAGCGCAGACGAUGCCGCCUUGCUCUGGCGUUGAUUGCGUUGCUGCUGCUCCUUGCCGCUGUUGCUGCAGUGGAAUUGCUCAUGUCGAGGGGGCAGAGGUUAUUUGGAGCUGUUUUACGUUGACAAUGUUAUAUGCAGGCCAAGAACAAGGAUUUCGUAACAAAAACAAAUGGUUUUGAUUGAUGUGAUGGUAUUGAACAUUUAAUUAAUAAUUCUUUGUCUCAAUGCCUUCAAAUCAAUUAAGUAUUAUCUAAUUUAAUAGACGCAAUGAUAUUCCUUAUAAAAUCACCUCUGUGCUUUCUCUAAUCAAUGUACCAUGUCCAGAAUCCACUUCACAAGAAGUAUUACCUGUUAAGAUAGACAUUUUGGAAAAUAAAUACUUAAAGACAUUUUUUUUACUUUGCUAAAUAGCGAGGAGUUGAAAUCGGGGAGUCUUUCCUGGGAGAUACGACCUGAAAUUGUUUAAAAACAUAUACGUCUCUCUCAAAGGCCGGCUUAGCCACUUGAAUAAGUGUCCAUGUUGCGAUGACUGCCCUUUUUGGACGUUCCGUAAGCUCGAGAUGGAGAAACAAAUUCAUCAACAUAGGAAUUUGCUUUGUCGUUAGUUGAAGAAUAUAUCUUUUAAUCUGCACUUUGUUAUUGAAUACCAAUUUCACCAUGAAUUAGUCUGCUGAGUUUUGAUGUAUAGAAAAAAUAUUAGAUUGUAAGAAAAGUGUUAUAUGUUUAAGAUUGUAUGGCUAUUUGGUUUGAUUCUGUCCGAUUUUCAUCAAACUAUUUGUUAAAAGUAUCUUAAUGUUAAUCCGAAAUAUAUUUUUAUAGAUAGAUAGAAUUCAGAAUACUCAAUUAGUGGUCCAGGUCCACCUAAGUCCUGGAAUCACCUCGGUCAUGACCCAUAUGACCCCCCUGGAUCCGCUGUUGGUAGUGUUCUAGGUGAUUUUAAAAGUUUCCACGAGUAAUUGGUGUCGGCAUUUUGUUUGUAGAUGUUGGUGAUUUUCGUAUGUAAUUAAACAAUUGACAAAUAUUUGAGGAAUAUAAUCUGAGUUCCUUCUAAUGUGAUUUGUGAUAAAUUAGUAUUAAGCAUUCGAAUUAUUAGCUUAAGAUUAAAAAAAACAAUUGUUUCCCAUAAAACAAUGUAAAAUUAUAGUAUAAAGGAAUGGUGAAAAAAAUAGUAUAAAUGUAAAAAUCUUUGGAAAUCUGGUAAGGAGUUUGAGUAUUUAAAAUGUGAUAAUUGUAUUUAAUAUAUGUUUAGAUGAUAUUAUCAAUCCGAAUUAUUUGUUAGUAUAAUAGUAUUAUGUUUAAGAUUUAGAUUUUACACCCAGUUGGGAUAAUUAGAGUAAUUUAUAUUUUGGUGUUACUCGUGAACCACAAACUAUGUUGAAACCACACAAAAUCCUUGGAAAUAGUUAAUUUUAUCGCGAACAGACACCGAUAAUAAUUUUAUAUUCUGUAUUGAUGUACAGAUACCGGCAAACAUCUUGAGCAUUGAACAAGAGACUGCGGGUAGUUUGCGCAUCGUAUCACAGCGCGAGACACAAACGUCACAUUUGCCGGUAUCUAUAAAUAAUUUAAGAAAUUUCAUCAGCUUCAGAUUUCGUCAGUUGCUGAUAGUAUAGGUCAACUGUGUGUUUAUAUAUUUGUUUAGAAUAUACACCUAAUGACAGUGAAACAUUUGUGUAUAUUUUAUUUUUGUAUUCCUGGCGUCACAAAGGGCCUACCAUGGUUAUAACAGCAAGACUGAUGAAAUUACUGAAUGUUUCAUGUGUGAGAACGAAAGGUAAUAAACAAUCUUAUUGAAGUAGUCCUGGAGGCCAUGAAGAUGUAAUCCAAUUCUUUACAUAGGUAGUAAAUUAUUAUUUCAAUUACGUAAUAAAAUAAAUAAAUCAAUGGCGCUACAUUGGCCUCAGAUUUCUCAACCCGUUUCAUGAUCCAUCUAUCUAUCAUCUCUGCCUCACGAUGUUUUCCUUCACUGUUCGAGCGAAAGCAUUGGUGCACAGCCGGAGAUCGAACCUACCGCCUCAGAGUCGCAUGUUGAAGCUUUUUUAAUAACAUUAUAUAUAUGUUAAAUAUAAUUCUUGUUGUUUAUAUGUACGGAGGUUUUUAUCAUCACAAUAAAUCUUUUAAGGUGAUAAUGAAGGAAUUAGUUUUAAUUUUAAAA